CCAACUCAUCAUCUCCCAAGGAAUGUUAUAUUACUCCAACAUCAACUUCCAACACAGUCACUCCCAGAUCUGAUCAACUAGAUUGCAAACUUCUACUUCCACCAUGGACUCGCUCAUGCUCCCCUCGGAGGGGGAAUUGUUCCAGCGUUGGAUCGGCAAGGACAUCGCGGACGUUCCCAAGCCCGCCGUGGUGCUCGACAGAGCCAUCAUUCGCCGGCAUUGCCAGCGGAUGAAGAAGACAGUGCAAGCUCUGGGCGUUGGGUUCAGGGCACAUGUCAAAACACACAAGACCUUCCAAAUCGCCAAAAUGCAAAUGGACAACGGCGACCCAGAAACCAAAUUCAUCGCCUCAACACUCCUAGAAAUCGAAAUGCUCCAUCACCUACUAAAAGGCGUCAAAGCCCUAAACCGUCCAGCCAACGUUCUCUACGGCAUCCCCCUCGUACCCUCGCACGUCCCACGACUCGCAAAGCUAGCCGCCGACAUCGGGGAAGAUAGUAUCUCAGUGAUGAUCGACCACCCGGAUCAAAUCCCCUACCUACGUCAAUUCUUCGAAGUAACCAACUUCCCCGCCUGCGUCUUCGUCAAAGUAGACACCGGCUACCACCGCGCAGGCCUACCACCUAUCUCUCUAAACAAGAACGGGCUCCUCGAGAAACUUGCCGACGCAGAGAGAAGGAGGAUGGGUCCGUCUACUGGGUUUAUACUCGCACAGCAGUCUGAGCUAUAA